GCUGAGCUCAAUGCGGUCGGUCUGGCGCGCACGUGACUUGCGCCGGCCUCGAGCUCUUCUUCGUCGUCUGAUCUGGAAUUUGGAUACUUCAACAAUCGUUGCUGUUUGUUUAAGAGUCGAGAGGAAUCAAGCAGUCUGUGCUUUUCACUGCAAUUUGCAGAACUAACGCAUACAUCACUAUGAGUCUCGGACUCCCAAACAAAAACACGGUGCUCAUCAUACCAACCGUGUCCUCAGCAAACGUACCACAGCUCUCAGUCGAUCUGCUCGUGCAUACGUUAAAGGUCCCGUUCCACUCUCUUCUUGACCAUGGCGGACUACUCUACCCCUUUGCGGGUCCAGCAGAACGUCCAGAGGGAUCGCCUCUGCUUGGAAUCUCUUCUUCUCUAGAGGUGUACCACAACAGUUCAAUAACCUGCAUCGUGCAAAGAUCGCCAACCCUUCCAGGAUCUCGGUCGCUCUUCGUCUCCGAAGUGCUCAUGAAAUUCAUAAGCCAAAACCAGUUUGCAAGAAUCGUCAUUCUAUCUUCGGCUGAUGCCUCGAGGCGGGAGGAUCCGGAUAUCAGCAAAGUCUUCCGCAUCUCUCUGAGCGAUCCGCUUCUCACCGGCUCCAUCAAGACCACCGUCAGCGACCUGUCCGGCAAGAUCGCCAAGCUUUCUGUCGACAGUCAAUCUGAACCACCCACGAGAAACGACUAUCAGCUACCCAAACGCAUUCCCGGAUCUGGAAUUGCUAUCCCGUUUCUCAAAGAGGCAAUGCGCAACAAGCUUCUAGUCGAUGCGAUAAUAAUAUACGCGUAUGAUGGUGACAACAUACCUGACGCAUCCAGGCUGGCAGAGCUUGCUUUGGAUGUUUUGGAAAUGCCUCGUCCGAUUGACUGGGUGCAUCCUCAGUCAUGGGCGGGCGUCUACGGGAAGGAGGUUCAAGUUGGACUGGAACAUGGUAUAUAUGGUUGA